ACACCACCGGCUGGGUGAUGUGAGCCAGGCAGCUCGGUUCAAACGCUGUUUUGAUGCUUUACCAAAGCUCUUAAUACCGAUUAAUGAGGCACUUCCAGAAGCACAGAUCCUGAAUUUUGGCCUGGAGCCACAUCAGGCCCAGCAGCUUGCAGGAAGGUGACGGACAGGCAUCAAUCACUGAGGCCAGGACAACUCACCGUGCUCUGAGGAACAAGACCUCCAUCUCCACUCCUUUCCUCCAGAACCCACCUGUGAGGUGCGGGGGCCCUGAACAGCCCUGGUAAAUCGCAGCAUCAGUCUCAACUGAAGGGUAAAAAGAAGGUUUUCUUCUCGGAGAUGUGAAAGGUGAAGCCAAGAACAGCAUUACAGACUCACAAAUGGAUGACGUUGAAGUUGUCUAUACAAUCGAUAUACAGAAGCAUAUUCCAUGCUACCAUUUGUUCAGCUUUUAUAAUUCUGCAGGAGAACUGAAUGAACUUGCCUUGAAGAAAAUACUAUCAGGCUGUAAGAAGAGUGUAAUAGGAUGGUACAAAAUCAGACGCAACACAGACCAGACCAUGACAUUCCGGGAGAGACUUCUUCAUAAGAAUUUACAGUCACACCUAUCAAAUCAGGGCCUUGUAUUCCUUCUAUUAACCUCUAGCGUGAUGACAGAAAGUUGUUCUACUUACAGACUGGAACAUGCCUUACAUCGGCCGCAAGAAGGUCUUUUCCAGAAAGUUCCUUUGGUGGUUACCAACCUGGGUAUGGCCGAACAGCAAGGUUACAGAACCGUGUCUGGUUCCUGUGUAUCUUCUGGUUUUGUGAGAGCAGUAAGACAACACAGGUCAGAAUUCUUUCAUGAGGAUGGAUCCUUACAAGAGGUUCAUAAGAUAAAUGAGAUGUAUGCCACCUUGCAAGAGGAACUGAAGAAAAUAUGCUCUACAGUAGAAGUCAGCGAACGAUCUGUAGAGAAACUCUUAUCAGAGGUGAGACAAUUAAAAGAGAAGAUAAAGAGAAAAAAGCAACAGUGUUGUUCAGGAGAGGACAGAGACCACCCAGGAGAGCCAAAGGAGAAUGUCUUCCUCUGUCAGGCACUGCAAACAUUUUUCCCCAAUUCUGGACUUCAGACAUGCAUUGUUUCCUUCAAAGGCCAACAGAUAUCCAAGAAUUGCUGUAACAUUGACCAUAAUAUUAACAUCAUGGACAAACUGACUCUCAUGGUAGAGGAAAGAGACUUCACUGAAGCUGAAACAAGACACCUAACAAAGCGUAAAGUCAGAGGGACCACGACAGGAUCAAAGUUAUUCAAGAAAUCCAGAUCACUUCAUCAAAAGUCACUUCGAGAUCAAGAGGACAGUGAUCAGGAAAGGAAGCUUACGCUGAGUGGCACUGAAACAGAUGAGGAUGUGCUGGAAAAGGAGAGAGACACAAACAAAUACCCACACUCCCCUACUUUCUGAACUCUUAAUGAUUCAUCUAGAUAACUUUGCACCCAAAGCUACUGCCAACAUAUUCAAGUGACAUAUCAAUUUAUAACACUGCAGGGAUGAAAACAACAUAAUGCAUUUUAGCCAAAAAAAAAAAAGUUUCUCUCCAAUGCAUGAAUCCUGUUUGCCAUAGAGACAUAGAGACAAGUCCAGAUGACAUUUCCUCAUUUUGCCUUCCAGACCUAAAUCUCUCUCAGGGUUUACUGACUACAUUAGUGGGAUAUUAGUGGUCAUAUAACUACAUCACAUACUGCCUCCAAAUAAUGCAACCUCAAACUGCUGUUGAAGCAGCAGUACCUGCCUUCUCACAGCAGCAGCUGAGGCAGGGAGCAUCUAAAGAUCACAGGCAACAUGCUUCACAAAACCAGUCUACAGAAAUUCCCACAACUUAAAGUAUUUAUCCUUCACUACCCAGUACUUCUUUCCCCCCUUCCAAUGCAGCAAGUGAAACAACAGCCACCUGAAGUUCAGCAAGAUGUUUGAGCAGAAGUGUUCCAUACAGUUGCCAAAUUCUGUUAUUGCUCUUCUCUUUCAAGUGUCCUUCAGACAAUUUUAGAAACUUCACACUUCAUAAAAAAGGAACUGACACCCACUCUUCAGUCAGCAAUGCAUUAUGCUGGCCAACCACAUUACCAGUCAACAAGUAUAUAAGUGUGAAAAGUAGUUUUAUUGUUUACUUCUUUACAGUACAUUACUCCGGAUAUUUGAUAUUACAUAUCUUGGGGUCUGUGAGAAAUGAUGGGUUCUUAAACAUAACUGGCAUAAAUCCUGUAAAAAGAUAAGACAGAGGUUUUUUUAAAUAAAAAGUAGGCUUGACUUACACAACUCAAAAAGUAUAAUCACACUUACCCAAUACAUGAGCUCUUUUAAUCGCUUUUGAAAUUUCCUUCUGCUUCUUGUUGCACAAGCCUAAAGAAACAAGCCAUUUUCAGUCUUUAAAAUUGACAAUAACAAAACCCUUGAAUAAAAGGUUGAAGGUGAUAUUACUGACAAUUCCCUCUAGCUUUGUUUAAGCCUCCCUAGAAAAAUACGUGUGCUUAUACUGUUAAAUACAAAAAAGCAUAUCAUUAAGGGCUAUUUUCAUUCCUUGAUGAAGGCUACCAAGUCAGAGGAAUACUGUUAGAAAACAUGUACAGUUGGUUGUAGUUACUUUUGGAAAAAAAACAUAGUUAUUCAGACUCAGAAGAACAUUAAAACUGGUAAAUUAUUUAACUGAAUACUUCACAUACCUGUUAUAUGCCUGCCAUAAAUGCAACCAGUAUAUGGAGAAACAAACUGGGACAAUAGCUAUUUAAAACAGAGAAAGACAAAGUCAGAUGAAGAACUCUUUCCAGACAGCUUCAGUGUAUUUUACUACUUGCAUUCUGUUUUUGAUUAUUUGAUCCGCUUUUACAAAACUUAAUUCUCCUUGGAGAUGAGACAAGUACAGCCUGGCAUUAGACAGUAUUUUACAUGCCAUAACAUUAAAGCUGUAUGACAGCAGAAUAAGAACUGAGGAUUCGAUUUACUAAAUAACAAAGUUGUAACACCCACACAUAGAACUAGUAAAUGGAACAGCUUAUCACAACUACAUUAUUUGACCAUUAUCUACACAUAGAUUUAGACCCCUACAUAUACAAAUUAAUUUUUUCAGUCUUUUGAAGUCCUCCUGGACUUCCCACACACAUUUAAGUACAAUAAAACAGGUACUUUCACCUAAGGACAGGAAUUUUCAACAAACUCACCUGCACAUUCUUGUAGUCUACAUUUAUUCCACAUAAGACACAUCUUUUAGGAGGUUCUUUAUAGGGGUUCUCCAUUUGUAUAGGCUGAAAUUAGAGAAUUAACAUUUUUAAGCUUCAUAGGACAAUACGUAAUUUUGGAGUUUCAAAUGCUUUGACAAAGCAUGCCUUGAAACCAAAAGAGCUAUUUAAUUUAUCUUUGAAGUUUUUCAAUAACUUAUCUCUAUUUCUCUAACAUUCUGGUACCUAGUCAUCUAAAAGAGGACUUCUCAGCUACACAACCUUUUAAUAAAAAUGACAACAUAAUCAUUCAAGUAACAUGUAAGAUAGUACUAACACUUAACUUAGAAGGCAACAUCUAGAAAAGCUGGUAGUAAGGCAGUUAUGACAAAUUACAAGAGGCUUUUUUGAAAAAAAAAACUUAAAAGUCCUGAGGGAUCCUCUGUCUGCUCAUACACUUUUUAACAAGAGCUCCUCAAACAUCUCCUGAACCCUGAAAGGCUUCUGUAAGCUUCAAAACACAACCAGCAUCAAACCCUUGUAAUAUAUGAACAAAAAAGAAUAAAAUUUAUUUUGACAUA